AUGACCCCCGAGGAGGGCGGCCGGGCCGCCGGCCGGGAGGGUGCGCCGCCGCGGGCGGUCGGCGGCGACGGCAAGGACUGUGACCUCCUGGCGCGGACGCCUUCGCUGGGUCCCGUGCAGAGCCUCAGGGCCCAGAUCCACCAGCAGAUCAACAAGGAGCUGCGCAUCCGGGCGGGUGCUGAGAACCUCUACAGAGCCACCAGCAAUGCCCGCGUCAGGGAGACGGUGGCCCAGGAGCUGCGCUACGUCAACUGCAGCCUGCAGCUGCUGAAGGAGGAGCUGGAAGAGCUGGGCCGCGAGGACGGGCCCCCGCCCCAGGGUGAAGGCGCCGCCGUCCCCAUGAUCCCCCUGGGGCUGAAGGAGACCAGGGAGCUGGACUGGUCCACGCCCCUGAGAGAGCUGAUCUCGGGGCACUUCGGAGAAGACGGCGCCUCCUACGAGGCAGAAAUCAGGGAGCUGGCUGAGCUGCGGCAGGCCAUGCAGACCCCCAGCCGGAGCGAGGGGGGCCUGCGGCUGCUCUCCACCUACUACACCCAGCUGAGCUUCCUGGACGCCCGCUUCGCCGCCCCCAGCAGGAGCCUCGGGCUGCGCUUCCACUGGUACGACUCGCUCACCGGGCUCCCGGCUCAGCAGCAGGCUCUGGCCUUCGAGAAGGGCAGCGUGCUCUUCAACAUCGGCGCCCUGCACACCCAGAUCGCCGCCCGCCAGGACCGCUCCAGCCCCGCGGGCGCCCGCCGAGCCGCAGAGGCCUUUCAGCAGGCGGCAGGAGCCUUCGGCCUCCUGAGGGACAACUUCUCCCACGCGCCGAGCCCGGACAUGAGCCCCGCCUGGCUGGCCUUGCUGGAGCGGCUGAUGUUGGCCCAGGCCCAGGAGUGCGUCUUCGAGGGCCUGGUGCUGUCCGCCCCCGCGGACCCCCACGAUGGCCCGGCCCAGCUGCGCCUGGCUCAGGAGGCCGCCCAGGUGGCAGCCGACUACGGCCUUGUGCACCAGACCAUGGCCCAGGGGCCCGUGCGCGACCACGCGCCCCCGUCCUGGACCACCCUGGCGCUCGUCAAGGCCGAGUACUUCCGCGCCCUGGCCCACUACCACACGGCCCUGGCCCUGUGUGACGGCGCCGGCGAGUGCCCUCUCGGCGGGCUGGGCCUCGCCGCCCUCCCUGACCCCGCAGUGGCCGAGGCAGAGCUCCCGCUGCAGCAGGUCUUCCUCGGGGCCCCCGCCAGUCCACGGCCCCACCCCACGCUGCCGCAGGAGCCCGAGGAGCGCAGGAGGCUGGGCAAGGCCCACCUGCGGCGCGCAGUCCUGGGCCAGGAGGAGGCCUGUCGGCUGCACGCCGCGGGCCGGGCCCUGCGCAGGGUGGACCCGCUGCAGGCCGUGCUGGCCCAGGCGCUGCGGCGCGCACUGACCAAGCACGCAGAGUUGGACCGCGAGGACGACUUCUCAGAGGCCCCCGAAGCCCCCGACAUCCAGCCAAAAACCCACCAGAGGCCGGCGGUCAGGACCCCCAGCUUCUCCCAGGCAAAGGCGGCCGACAUCUUCCACCGGCUGGGGCCGCUCUCCCUGUUCUCAGCCAAGAACCGGUGGCGGCUGGUGGGGCCCGUCCACGUGGCUCGAGGGGAGGGCGGCUUUGGCUUCACCCUGCGGGGAGACGCCCCGGUGCUCAUCGCGGCGGUUGCCCCCGGAGGCCCGGCUGCGGUGGCCGGCCUGCAGCGGGGAGACUACAUCGUGGCGCUGGAUGGGCAGCCGUGCAAGUGGUGGAGACACGCGGAGGUGGUGGCCCGGCUGAGGGCCGCGGGCGCCGAGGGCGUGAGCCUGCAGGUGGCCACGCUGCUGUCCAGCGCCGAGCCGCCCUGCAGGCUGCAGGGGGACCGCCGGCCAGCCCUUGGGAGGCUCCUGAGGAGCCAGAAGGGGUGCACCUGGGCCCCGCCCACACCUGCACAACCCGGCACUGGGCCCCUGCUCGGCUGGGGCCACAAGGCCAGGAGGGGCAAGAGCCAGGAGAGGGGUCCCCUGCCCCACAGCCCGAGUGGGGGCUCCCCUGGGGCCCCCCACACCAGGGCCCCAUGUGCUCCGGAGGCUAGGAUUGGGCCCCCGUGCUCUGCCUGACCCGGAGGACCCCAGGCCGCCUUGCCGCCCGCCCAGGGCCGUGGGGGUGCCUCUGGGCCACUGCCGCACGGGGGUCCCCCUCACCCCCGACACACGGCUGAGACUCCAGACCAGGUGGCUGGUCCCUGCAGGGGCAGCUCCUGGUUUGGGGAGCGCCCGGGCCGUCAGCCUAGCGGGGAGGGGCUGGGGACCCGGGUCCCUGCAGCAGGCUCUGAGGCCCUUCAGCUGGGGCGCCCCCUCCCUCCCGAGAUGCACCUGCUGUCCACACCCUGCCCCAGGACCGGCGCU